AUGAAAAUUUUGAUGACUGGAACGCCUGGAGUAGGAAAGACAACGCUUUGUGCAAGAGUUUCCGAGGUGUUUGGAAUGAAACACGUGGAUGUCAGCAAGUAUAUAGAGGAAAACAAGUUGUAUGAUGAAUACAGCGAGGAGUACAAAUCGCUUGUGUUUGAUGAGGAAAUGGUCAGGAAUGCGCUUGCAUCCGAUCUUUGUACAACAGACUCGUAUAUUAUUGAUACACACUGCUGCGAGGUGGCAAGUGGGCUGGACUUUGAUGUGAUUUUUGUUCUGACCUUGCCUAUUGAGAUCCUGUACAGGAGAUUGAAGGAUAGAGGCUAUGAUGAAUCGAAAAUCAAGGAGAAUGUCGAGUGUGAGAUAUUUGGUGUUGCGAAGGAGGAUGCAGAGUGUCUGUUUGAUGUGGAAAUCCAUGUGGUUGGCUCUGAAAACGGAGAAAUGAGUGUUGAUGAUGCAUUGGAAAUCAUAGAAAGCAAAAUCAAGAGUUUGAACAGUAAAUAA